CGGCUGCGCCUGGUGUUCAACGCAGGCGAGGGGCUGCAGCGCCUCUGCAUAGAGCACCGCAUCCGCCUGUCAAAGGUGGGCAGGGGUUUAGGGUUUAAUGUCUGUGGGUGGGGAAACAGGUUCAAGGGUUGGGGGCUGCGUCUGGUGUUCAACGCGGGCGAGGGGCUGCAGCGCCUCUGCAUUGAGCACCGCAUCCGCCUCUCCAAGGUGGGCCAGGGGUUUUUGAGUUGGUUGAAGUUCUGGUCUUGGGUGUUAGGGAUUUCUCUCCCGCGUGUGCACCGAGACGGCAGGGGGUUUGCCAGGCAUGCUGCUGACAAAUCUCCGCUCUUCCCCCCACCCAACCUCCCUCGUUACUCCCUCUUCUUGAACCCUCAGGUGGACAAGAUAUUUCUCUCCCGCGUGUGCACUGAGACAGCUGGUGGGCUGCCAGGCAUGCUGCUGACGCUCGCCAACACGGGGGAAACGGGCAUUACUGUGGACAUCUGUGGGCCGUCGGAUCUGCAUCGGCUGGCAGCAGCCAUGCGGUGCUUCGUGGGCGCAGCUUCGGUCCGAACCUCCAGCUUCGGCAGCAGCAGCCCUGGGCGCCAGUCGUACCCCCACGCGCCCCUCCCUGCUUUCUACAAUGGAGCACAGCAGCAGCAGGUGCUGGGGUUGGGGCAGGGGCAGGGAAGGGAAGCAGAUAUGCAGGAGCAGGCGCAGGGUGGGGAAGGAGGGGUGAUGAGAGAGCAGCAGGCAGAAAGGGAGAGCGGGAGGGAGAGGGAGAGGGAGGACAAGAGUGCGUACAUUGUGCAUGAUGAUGGGGACGUGAAGAUAACUGCUGUGCUGCUCGAACCAGCGGUGCCAUCUGUGGCAGCAGAAAGUGCUGCAGCAGCAGCAGGAUUAUCCGUUUCCCUCACAACCACCACGAAUAUCAGCAGCAGCAUCGCCCUCCCUUCGCCAUCCGCGUCCCUCAAGGAAUUGACUCUCUCGCAACUGAAGGGAGGAGGAGCGACAGGAGAGGGAGUGACAGAAGAGGGAGCAGCAGCAGGCACUGAUCCUGCCAUCACCACAGGCGCUACAGUCCCCUCAGCCAAGCGCCCCAGCCCUUCCGGCCCUGCUGACGUCAGCAGCGGGUGGGACACAGUCAGCGCCGGAAGCGAGAAAAGGGCGAGGGUGGAGGGAGAGAGAAAGGAAGAAGCCGGAAGGGGGUUCGAUGGGGCUAGAAAGGGAGCAGCAGCGUCGGGUUUAGCUUCGGGAGCAACAUUCGGAGGAGCAGCAGCAGAGAUUGAAGCAGCAGGGAUGGGAGCAGCAGCGGGAGGAAUUGCAUCGGUGGUGUAUGUGUGCGAGCUGCCGACAGCAGCAGGGAGGUUUGACCCGAAGCGCGCAGCAGCCAUGGGCAUUCGUCCCGGGCCCAAGUACCGGCGAUUGCAGAUGGGGGAGAGCGCGCCCUCAGACGAUGGAAGCAGGACGGUUCAUCCUUCUGACGUGCUCGAAGCAUCGAUACCAGGCCCCGUUGUCCUCCUUAUAGACUGCCCCACUGCAAGCCACACGCAAGCCCUCCUGCAGUCGCCGCAGCUGCAGCGAUUCUGCAUCAGCCACUGCCAGAAACCCACAAGUGACAAUAACGGGGAUGACAAUAUGAAGGGUGACAAUAACGGGAGUGACUAUAAAGAGGUGACAGUGGCUGUCCACGUGAGCCCUGAAGCUGUGGUGGAGGAGGAGCAGUAUCGGCGGUGGAUGGGCAUGCUGGGACCCAACACCACUCAUGUGUUAGCCGGCCAAGGCAGGUAA